AUGGGGAGACCUGACCCAGAAGAAGGGCAGCUCCCGGCUCCUGUGAAGCCCCCGGAUGGUGGCUGGGGCUGGAUCGUGCUCCUUGGCUGCUUUGUGAUCACUGGCUUCUCCUAUGCCUUCCCAAAAGCCGUCAGUGUCUACUUCAAGGAGCUCAUGAAAGAUUUCCAUGUGGGCUACAGUGACACAGCCUGGAUCUCUUCCAUCAUGCUGGCCAUGCUCUAUGGGACAGGACCAGUAUGCAGCAUCAUGGUGAACCAGUUUGGCUGCCGGCCUGUGAUGCUCAUUGGCGGGCUGCUGGCUUCUGCUGGGAUGAUCCUGGCAUCUUUUACCACCAACAUCAUUGAGCUUUAUCUGACAGCUGGUGUGCUGACAGGUCUGGGUAUGGCAUUGAACUUCCAGCCCUCACUGAUCAUGCUGGGCACCUACUUUGACAAGCGUCGGCCUCUGGCCAAUGGACUGGCUGCUGCUGGGAGCCCUGUCUUCCUCUCCUCCCUCUCUCCACUGGGGCAAGUGCUGCUGGAGAAGUUUGGCUGGCGAGGAGGGUUUCUUAUCAUGGGGGGCCUUCUGCUUAACUGCUGCACUUGUGGGGCAGUCAUGAGACCCCUGGAUAUGGGCAUGAAGAGGAAGAUGGGGAAAGCUCAGGACAAAUAUGAAGCCAAGGAGAUGCUGCCCAUAGGAGGGAAGUCAGAGGAGGGGAUCAGCACCACCGAUGGAACCAAGAAAGGCAAGAAAGCCAAGAAGAAGCCCAAGAAAGGAAAGAAGCUUCUGGAUUUUAGUAUCUUCUCCAACCGAGGGUUUAUAAUUUACACCAUCUCAAAGUUCAUCCUGGUCUUGGGUCUCUUCGUGCCCCCCAUAUUGCUGGUCAACUACGCCAAGGACACAGGCGUUCCGGACACCGAGGCCGCGUUCUUGCUCUCCAUCAUCGGUUUCAUAGACAUCUUUGCCCGCCCAGCCUGUGGCAUGGUGGCAGGGCUGAAGUGGGUCCGCCCUCACGUGGCAUAUCUGUUCAGCUUCUCCAUGCUCUUCAAUGGCUUGACAGACAUCUGCAGUGCCAGGGCGAGCAACUACACGGGGCUGGUCAUCUUCUGCGUCUUCUUUGGCAUCUCCUACGGCAUGGUGGGCGCACUGCAGUUCGAGGUGCUGAUGGCCAUCGUCGGCUCCCAGAAGUUCUCCAGCGCCAUUGGGCUGGUCCUGCUGAUCGAGGCUUUCGCCGUGCUCAUCGGCCCCCCCUCUGCAGGCCGCCUGGUCGAUGCUCUCAAGAACUACGAGGUCAUCUUCUACCUGGCGGGCUCAGAGGUCGUGCUCUCCGCCCUCUUCCUGGGUGUGGCCAGCUACUGCUGCCUGAACCGAGGGAAGAAGGAGCCUCCCCCAGAGAACAACCCUACUGCAGGAGGGGGGAGCGACACUGAGGAAGCAGAGUCCGACGUGCAGGAAGCCGAGGAGCACAGCAGCGACAACCACCAGCCGGCCCACAGCACUGACAACGCCGUGGCGGUGGCCAACGAGGAGGCCAACCAUGUGGCAGAGGAGCAGCGAGGGGAGGGAGGCGGCUGUCCCGCAGGGGAUGGGGAGGUGCUGGCACGAGAUGGCUGCAACCCUGACCAGAUGGUGGAGAGGGACAGUUUUUAG